CGGGCCGCGUCCCGGAGCCGUCGGGCAUGGAGCCGUGGAAGCAGUGCGCGCAGUGGCUCAUCCACUGCAAGGUGCUGCCCGCCAACCACCGGGUGACCUGGGACUCGGCGCAGGUGUUCGACCUGGCGCAGACCCUCCGCGAUGGAGUCCUGCUCUGCCAGCUACUCAACAAUCUCCGGGCGCACUCCAUCAACCUGAAGGAGAUCAACCUGAGGCCGCAGAUGUCCCAGUUUCUCUGUUUGAAGAACAUAAGGACAUUCCUCACAGCCUGUUGGGAGACCUUUGGAAUGAGAAAGAGUGAACUCUUUGAAGCAUUUGACCUGUUUGAUGUUCGUGACUUUGGAAAGGUUAUAGAAACACUAUCACGACUUUCUCGCACACCUAUAGCGUUGGCCACAGGAAUCAGGCCCUUUCCAACAGAAGAGAGCGUUAGUGAUGAAGACAUCUACAAAGGCCUUCCUGACUUAAUAGAUGAAACACACGUAGAAGAUGAAGAAGGUCUCUACGACUGUGUUUAUGGGGAAGAUGAAGGUGGAGAAGUCUAUGAGGACUUAAUGAAAGCAGAGGAAGCACAUCAACCCAAAUGUCCAGAAAAUGACAUACGAAGUUGCUGCCUAGCAGAAAUUAAGCAGACAGAAGAAAAAUACACAGAAACAUUGGAGUCAAUAGAGAAAUAUUUCAUGGCACCACUAAAAAGAUUUCUGACAGCAGCAGAAUUUGACUCAGUAUUCAUCAACAUUCCUGAGCUUGUAAAAGUUCAUCGGAACCUAAUGCAAGAGAUUCAUGAUUCCAUUGUAAAUAAAAAUGACCAGAACUUGUAUCAAGUUUUCAUUAACUACAAGGAAAGGCUGGUUAUUUAUGGGCAGUACUGCAGUGGAGUGGAGUCGGCCAUCUCUAGUUUAGACAACAUUUCUAAGACAAAAGAAGAUGUGAAACUGAAAUUAGAGGAAUGUUCCAAAAGAGCAAAUAAUGGAAAAUUCACUCUUCGAGAUUUGCUUGUGGUUCCUAUGCAACGUGUUUUAAAGUAUCACCUUCUCCUCCAGGAAUUGGUCAAACAUACCACUGAUCCUAUGGAGAAGGCAAAUCUGAAAUUGGCUCUUGAUGCAAUGAAGGACUUGGCACAAUAUGUGAAUGAAGUGAAAAGAGAUAAUGAGACCCUUCGUGAAAUUAAACAGUUUCAGCUCUCUAUAGAAAAUCUGAACCAACCAGUUUUGCUUUUUGGACGACCUCAGGGAGAUGGUGAAAUUCGAAUAACUACCCUAGACAAGCAUACGAAACAAGAAAGGCAUAUCUUCUUAUUUGAUUUGGCAGUGAUUGUAUGUAAAAGGAAAGGCGAUAACUAUGAAAUGAAGGAAAUCAUAGAUCUUCAGCAAUACAAAAUAGCCAACAAUCCUACAACUGAUAAAGAAAAUAAAAAGUGGUCUUAUGGCUUCUACCUCAUCCAUACCCAAGGACAAAAUGGGUUAGAAUUUUAUUGCAAAACAAAAGAUUUAAAGAAAAAAUGGCUGGAACAGUUUGAAAUGGCUUUAUCGAACAUAAGGCCAGACUACGCAGACUCCAAUUUCCAUGAGUUCAAGAUGCACACCUUCAAUCGGGUUACAUCCUGCAAAGUCUGCCAGAUGCUUCUGAGAGGAACAUUUUAUCAAGGCUAUUUAUGUUUUAAGUGUGGCGCGAGAGCACACAAAGAAUGUUUGGGAAGAGUAGACAAUUGUGGCAGAGUUAAUUCUGCUGAACAAGGGACGCUCAAAGCACUGGAGAAACGGGCCAAUGGACUCCGAAGAAGCCCCAGACAGGUGGAUCCAGGUUUACCAAAGAUGCAGGUCAUUAAGAACUAUGCUGGAGCACCACCCCCAGCUCUUCAUGAAGGACCCCCACUGCACAUCCAGGCAGGGGAUACAGUUGAGCUUUUGAGAGGAGAUGCACACAGUCUGUUUUGGCAGGGUAGAAAUUUAGCGUCUGGAGAGGUUGGAUUUUUUCCAAGUGAUGCUGUCAAGCCUUGCCCAUGUGUGCCCAAACCAGUAGAUUAUUCUUGCCAACCCUGGUAUGCUGGAGCAAUGGAAAGAUUGCAGGCAGAGACUGAACUUAUUAAUAGGGUAAAUAGUACUUACCUUGUGAGGCACAGGACCAAAGAGUCAGGAGAAUAUGCAAUUAGCAUUAAGUACAAUAAUGAAGCAAAGCACAUCAAGAUUUUAACAAGAGAUGGCUUUUUUCACAUUGCAGAAAAUAGAAAAUUUAAAAGUUUAAUGGAACUUGUGGAGUACUACAAGCAUCAUUCUCUUAAAGAAGGUUUCAGAACCUUGGAUACGACCCUACAGUUUCCAUACAAGGAGCCUGAACAUUCAGCUGGACAGAGGGGUAAUAGAGCAGGCAACAGCUUGCUAAGUCCGAAAGUGCUGGGCAUUGCCAUUGCUCGGUAUGACUUCUGCGCCAGAGACAUGCGAGAGUUGUCCUUGCUGAAAGGAGAUGUGGUGAAGAUUUACACGAAAAUGAGUGCGAAUGGCUGGUGGAGAGGAGAAGUAAACGGCAGGGUGGGCUGGUUUCCAUCCACGUACGUGGAAGAGGAUGAAUAAAUUGCACCCCAGCGUUGCACCCUGCACCAGAAAUCUCAGAGAAGGGAUACACAGAAGCCCGCACAGCAUUGUGAAUUAACUGAAGUGUUUAAAAAGCCGCAUUUCUGGCUAUUCCUCUUCCCCUCCUAAGUCUUAAUGCUGGGAUUUCUAAAGAUGCUGGUACUGACAGAUUAAUGGCUUGCCUCGAGCUGUGCAAGAAACAGCCUGCCAGUCUGUCAUUGUCGGGGACCAGGGCAAAGCCCAAAGCCGCUUUUCCCAAAAGAGCCCCGCAAACACAUUGGUUCGUGUUUCUUUUUACUCCAUGCGGUCAGACACCAUGAACGCCAGCUAUUAGUAAAUGUGGAACACAUAUUUACUUUCUUCUCACGUGCCAUUCCCAGAAUUUUGGAUGGUACAAAGAAGCGGAAGUUUCAUUUUGCUUUUCCCAGCAUGAGGAAAAAUUCGAGUUUCGCUAUUUGGGCAGCUUAUGGGAAAGGUCCAGCACUACUCGUGUCUUCAGUUGUCUCAUAAGGUGACUCAUUGCCCGGCAAACUCUUUAACCCCCAGAUGUGACUCAUGAUAAAAUAGAAGAGGCAAAUGCUCAGGUUUGCUUCAUAAGUGACGUAUCCCAGAGGGGUUUUAAUUAUUCAUUUGAUGUUCUAUUUGCAAACUUCUUUAUAAAAAAAAUUACAUAAAAGCGAGUGUCUUCCUAUGAAAUUUUCACAGCCUUUGUGAUUUCGUAGGGUUAUUUUGGAAAUGUGUACUUGAUGAAAUAAUCUGGGCUGGGUAUGUUCUAGUUACAAGUAACCUGGGUAAGGUGACGUUGUUUACAGAAAUAGAUCAAGGGCUAUAAUUGAGAGUAAGUCAUUUUAUAGAAGCAACAUCUAUGAAAAUAG